GAUACGCGCGUUGACCACAGUCGGUUAAACAUGGUCAGGGUUAAUAUUACUGCAAAGAAAAAUAUUUUGGUUAUAGAAACUUUUUGAAACACAGAGACUUAUUUAAAGACUUUUUAAUUAUUUCGCUCAGUGUUUUGUGCCAGUUUAAGAGUAUUCGACUAUUUAAAAUUCAAGAUGAUUUUAUCGCUGUGCUGCAUUGCUUUUACCCUUUGGGUAAUCGCGUUCCGUUAUAGAAGGCGGCAGGUUUACAAACUGGCUUCAAAGAUACCACCACCGACAAAAGAGAUGCCCGUUAUUGGAAUUGCUCAUACGUUUAUAGGAGAUACUGAAGAUAUAAUGAACAAGCUUAAGGAUUAUAGUUACGCAGCGAUGGCACAUCAGGGCAUGAUCAGAGGAUGGCUUAAUCACAUAUUAUAUUUCUUGAUUGUAGACCCAGUAGAUAUUGAAAUGGCGUUGAAAACAUGUAUGGAGAAAGAUGAUCUGCACAGAUUCAUCAGAAAUAUCAUUGGCAACGGUGGUAUCUUCGCUCCAGUAAGCAUUUGGCGGAGACGUAGGAAAAUAUUGGUGCCUGCCUUCAGUCCGAAAAUUGUUGAGAGCUUCGUAGAUAUAUUCGCAGAGCAGACAGAAGUGAUGACAAACAAACUCAAUGAGCAAACUAAAAAGGGCAAUUUCAGCGUUUGGCCAUUUAUUAGCACUUAUACACUGGAUGCGGUUUCACAAACGGCAAUGGGAGUAAGGGUAUACGCACAAAGUAACCCUCAAUCCCCGUUCUUGUUAUCAAUGACUCGGGCACUACAUUUGGCAUGCCAAAGAAUAUUCCAUCUUUGGCUCCAACCUGAUUGGAUUUACAAGUUCUUUCCACAAUAUAUAGAGCACCAAGCUUGUUUGAAGCAAAUGCACGACUUCACUGAUGAGGUCAUUAGAAAAAAACGCGCUGCAUUAAAGAUUGAAUCACAAAACAAAAGUGAAGCAGACAUUGCGUACGAUCUGGAUGAUUAUAAGAAAAAAUCUUUUCUCGAUCACCUUAUUACGCUUUCGAGCAAAUCAGACAAAGGUUAUACUGAUAGGGAGUUGAGGGAGGAAGUGCUGACCCUAACCAUAGCUGGAACGGAUACGUCUGCUGUUGCUAUAUGUUACACCUUGAAGAUGCUGGCCCAAUAUCCAGACGUACAACAGAGAGUUUAUGAAGAAAUCUACGACAUUUUCGGGACCUCAGACCGUAAAUUGGUAAAGGAAGAUCUGCUGCAAAUGAAAUUUCUCGAAAGGGUAGUAAAGGAGACGCUGAGGCUCUUCCCUCCUGUACCUUUCAUCAUAAGGAAAAUCGAAGAAAAUGUUACAUUGCCGUCCGGUAAAGUAUUGCCAGCGGGUUCUGGCCUGGUAAUUUCCAUAUGGGGCAUUCAUCGUGAUCCAAAGUACUGGGGACCGGACGCCGAGAAGUUCGACCCUGACCGAUUCUCGCCGGAGAGACUCAACCUGAAACAUGUGUGCAGUUUCAUGCCCUUCAGUCAAGGACCCAGAAACUGUCUCGGUUACCAAUACGCUUUGAUGUCUAUCAAGACCGCUCUAUCAUCGAUCGUAAGAAAAUUUGUAAUAGUUCCUGAUCCACAGAAUAGUGAUGUGCCCAAAAUUAGAGUUAAAUUAGACGUUAUGAUGAAAGACGUUGACGGCUACCAGAUAGCUUUAGAAAGGAGGAUACCACCGUCUACCACCACCGUAAUAACAAACUAAAAUUACCAACACAUUUAAUAAGGUGCAUAAUGUAUUUUUAUAUAAAUUCCUACUAAAUUAUUUUUAGAUGUUAGUGCAUUAAACAGCGUUUUCGCUCAAUCCAUGAGAGAUUAAUUAAAAUUAUUUGUAUUUGAGGACCUAAUAGUUCACAUGAAGAUAACGGUAGCAAAUAUUUGUUGCAUAUUGAGAAAGUAUUUAAAAAAAAACGAAGUUAAACUAACAUAUUAAAAAACUGAAAUUUGAAAAGUUCGAAACUUAGAUAUCAAUACAAAUUCAAAAAAGUAGAAAUAGAAUAUGAGUUGUUUACUGAGUUUUGAAAACUAAUUUACUUAUAACAUGAAAGAAAACCGGAAGGAUUGUCAUGGAGAAAUCAAAAAUGUACCGUAGCGACAUCUAGUUUGAUUUCGGGAACUAAUGUUUUUUUCAAUACUUCUUCAUUUCAUAGGCUGAGACUGACUUUUUGUGACUUAAAGACAUUUUACUUGACUUGAAUUUGACUCAUUUUGUUUUAUUACAAAAGACAAUUGAUUAUUAUCACUUUCUGAUAUUUUCAUGCUUUUAGUGUCUUCACUCCAAUAUUUGAGCAAGUGUGUUUACCUACCUAGUAGUAGGUGAAUUCACAUUUGCAAUAAGGAAGUAUUUAAAAAAUAAAAAUUAAUAAAUAAAAUACUCUAAGGUAAUAAACUUAUAAGCGAGCAGCAAAAAUUAAAUGAAUAGAACACUCACCCGAUUUCGGGGUUAUUUAGCACUUACACACAAUUUGAAAUAAUUAAAUCACAAUGAAU